CAGAGAGAGUUUGUGUGUGUCAAAGACAGUGAGAAGGGGGAUCUUUCAACUAAUGACCACAUCUACCGAAGCUCCCUAACCCAACUCUAAUUGGGAAAUCUUUCUGGCUUCACUCCCUUCUCCUUUCAUUAAAGCUCGUUUCCUGCGGCCUUACAAUUGACAGGCUACAGCUUGCAACACAAGUUAUUUUUGCUGAAGAUAUUUGAAAAAAGAGCAAACAAGCCAACCAGCAAAGAAACAACCUACACAACUCUUAUAUGAAGAUUUACUUACGGGGGAACAAAAACAUUUAAUGAAAACGAGGCAUUUUUGCAAUUCAAAAGCAAUUCAAAAACAUUUUAAUUUAUUAUUGACUCCAUUUUAUAUUUAUUGAGGACACUCCUUCAAAAUAUUUAUUAACAUUUUUGAACAUAUUUAUUCAUAUUUUAUUCCUCACUCCUGGAUUUUUUUUUCUUCUGUGUUUGUUCAUUUAAAAGGGAGCAAUUACGUCCGUCUCCGUCCCCUUAAUUCAGUCCGUAGGGACGACCGGAAUCUUGCCACCCAAUAUGACUUUGCUGGCUUCAGAGCGCUCUAUGCUCAUUCGGAGCAAGUUUCGCUCAGUCCUUCAACUGAGAAUGCAGCAUCGGCGCUCACAAGAGCAAAUGUCUGAACGAAACCUGAUCCCACCUGGAAAUAAGCCACAGACAACUUUCCCAGAACAGAAUGGCAACUUGGGACAAACAAAAACAGAAGAUUUCAUGAAGUGCAGGGCUCAGAACAAGCUCCACAAAGUGGCUGCAGUGAAGAUGCCUUUUCCUGAAGAUGGUCUAGUUGAAUCGGAUGAACUUAAGGAAAAGAAAGCUAGGCUGGCUGAAGAUCUAAAUGAAAAGAUAUUACAUCGGCCAGGACCGCUGGAACUGUUGAAGAAGAACAUCCUUCCACUACCUACCAACAUGAAAGAUGGAAUAAAGGUAGAACAGAUCACAAUCUCUUCUCCUUCUGAUGCCUUUUCUUUUGAUGAUGACAUCACUAGCUCUUCCUCUUCUUCUACUUCCUCCUCUCCUCGCUUUGCACCUUCUCCUGGUCUGUCAGUUAACUUGUCCCCAACAUCUACCAACACUGCAUUUCAGCUGGAUCUUCCCUGUAUAAUUGAGGUGAACCAGCCAAGUUCAGGAACAAUCACAGAGGCUGACUCAUUGGCAACCAAUAGGUCAAGUGCUCAUCUUCCAGCACAGGCUUCAUCUGGGGUUCCUAAGGUCCCAGCAAAGCCUUCUGAUAUGGGAAAAAGCCAAAGGCAAAAGAAGCCCAAAGAUGCUAAACCAAAGGUUAAGAAGCUCAAGUAUCAUCAAUACAUUCCACCGGAUCAGAAGGCUGACAGGUCUCCGGUUGCAAUGGAUGCUGCCUAUUCUCGUUUGCUGCAACAGCAACAGAUCUUCCUUCAACUACAAAUCCUCAACCAGCAGCAGAACCAAACUUUCUGUGUGCAGACAGUUCACCCUCUGGCUACAAGUAUUUCAGCAGAUCAGGUGAUUAGCUUCACAGGAGCAGCACCAGCUGGUACAUCCACCAUAAAUAUCUCUCCUCCAUCUGCUACAGCAGCCAUGCCAACUGCACAGAAUUCAACUGCCACCUCUCCUCUGAAACCAGAGUUUUUACCAGCAAACCUGGAUGAUCUAACAGUGUCAGAGCUCCGCCAACAUCUUAGGAAAAGAGGACUUCCUGUAUCAGGCACAAAACCAGCAUUACUGGAACGCCUUAGGCCAUACCAGAUUCCUCGUGCCAAGACCAUUCCAGCACCCAUCCAAAGUGCAGGGUUGAUAACCCCAGUUAUUGAAAUUCCCUCCUUUCAAAAUCCUUCUUUAUGUGACAACACUGCUACAACUCUUUGCACCUUUCGGACUUCCCCUCCUCCAGCUCCUGCUGAGGGUCUUGAGCCACCCAAAACACCUAGCAAUGUCAAAGACAGUUCUGAGACACAGACAGGAAUUCAGGACAAAGACAUGGCGAUGCAAGGAAUAGAUGAUGACCAAGUCCUUCUAGAAAAGCAAAAAGUGAUUGAAAACUUGACAUGGAAGUUACUGCAAGAACAAAAGCAGGCAGAAGACCUUCGAGUGGAACUAGAGAUGCACAAACGCUUAAAAAAUCGGCGGAAGAAUGAGAAGCUCAACCCCAGAAUAACCAUCAAAAAAGAGGUUGAUGAAUGUGUGAUAACCUCUUGUGCAAAAGCACAAAGUGAAGACACACAGUUUUUAUAUACUCUGAGUAAUGAUAGAACAGAACUACCACCACCAGUCCAGGAGCAACUGAUGAGCCCAGACAUUAAUGAAAACUACAUGGUUUAUCCACCUCCUACGUGCGAAGUAAUCGGACAAGAUUUCGAGCUUCCAAUGCAGAUCACGGCAAGUCCUGAAAAUCCAAUACAGAAGCCUCGCUCCUUUGAGGAAGAACUGCAGGAAGCUAUACAAAAGGCACAAAUGGCCAUUACACACUCAAUUGAAGAUAUAUUAGAAGAACCUUUACUCCACACAGAUGAAUUAAUGCAUGUCGACAAUGACAUGGUGGAUACCCUAAAGCCACAAAGCGAUCUUCAAAAUACAUAUGCAACUCAAAACAGAAAUUUCACAAAGCAACUUCAUUGCUGUAUGGAUUCCCAACCACCGCCAACUGUACCCAGUUCUACAAUUCUGGAGUUUCCAGUGUGUGGAAAUUAUGAUUUCCUGUCUGGCCAGGAUAGUUUCUCAGUCAUGUUUUCUCCUGAUCACAUUGAAAUGCCAUCUUCACCAGAUCAUCCAGAAAACAUGUCCCCGUCAUCCUCUUCUUCCUCAUCAUCUUGUGCUCCAUUUGAUCCAGCAGACUGGCUUGAAGCACUGACAUCUGGAUCCACUUCCAACUUUGGACCUAGUAGUCCCAUGAAUUCAAGUAUAUUUUCCACUGACAUUUUUGACUCUCCAGACUUAAGUAUUAACAGAAUGAUCGAUUUAAUGGUGGAACAGUGGUAAUCGAAGAAUUGGAAAUGGACAAAAUAUACCAACUAACAUUCACUCCUAAGUAACCAAUAAAGAAAGAUAAUCUUUCUUUUGCAAUAGUUUUUGCUAGCUGGAAUAAAUGGGGUGGAAUGUGUGGUCAAAACUCAGGACAUAUGAUAGGUGAGAAUGCAAAAGAUCGGGUCCCAUCUGCUUCCUGUAGACACUAUCUUGGCUGCACUAAUACACAGUAGAAGUGAUUACUGUUUAGAAGGAUUCACUUUUGCUUUUGAUCAAGGCUCCAAAAUGCAAAAAAGGGUUCAUUGUAUACAUUUCCACCUGUGGAGGAAAUACAGUGUCCAUUGCCUCUAAAAUAACAUCUAAUGAUAUUAGAUAUCAUGAAAAUUGAUAUUUAAACACCAACAUUGUCUUACCUUAAUAACUGUGAAAUACAAUCUACUUUUGAACAAAUUAAAAGCAAAUUGUAAAACAUUUUACAUUACCAGCUUUUCCAUGGCAGUUUAUGAAUUCUAUAUCAGGGCACACAUUAAUCGGCACACAGAUAAUAGGGAGUCUAUUUAUAAAGCAGAUAAUGUAACUUUCACUCGACAUUCUCUAGUGUUGAAUCAUUCACUGUCAUUUAAAACAGAUGUACCUGGACUAUUCACCUGCAAUAUUUGGUGAAUGUCAUAUUCACUGCUUUAUAAAGAUGUCCUUAAGUGUCAUUUAACAGGAUAACAAUGUUGCAUUAUAAUAUGGAGUAAAGACCAUUGUUCAAUGACUGUAAUCUUUGUUAAUCAAAACAAUCUGUUGUGGUCAGAAAAGAAACUGGAUAUGAAUGAUUUCAGAUGACAUUUUAACUUAUAUGUAUUAUUUAUACCAGUACAAAAGUUUAAUAUCUGUACUGUUUUUUUUUUUUUUUCAUUUUGUUGCUUAUUGUAAUAAUUUUAAUAUACAGGUGAAAUAUAUACCUGCUGUAUUUAUUCUAUGAGAUUAUCACAGAGAUCAUAAAAUUAGGAUCUGGUUCCAAACAAAAUAUUAGGAACAUCAAUAAGGUUCUGUUUUUUUGUAACCUAUAGCAUCCAGUCUUAUACCAGCUUUUAGGAAGUAAGAGUAGUUAAAGCGGUUCUUUGCCUGGUUUGAAAAAAAUUAAAUAAAAUAAAAGUCAGCGGCUUCAAAUACCGUAGCUGCUGACUUUUAAUAAAAGGACACUCACCUGUCCAUGGGUCCAACGACUGACUCACCGGAACCGGUUCUUCGCUGGCUGUGAUUCCGAGCUGCUCAGCGCCUUGUGAAUGGUCCCGUAGUCUUCUGGGACCUGUGACGUGUCCCAGAAGGUUGUGAGUGGGGAGGGGGGGAGAACUUCCGGUGGACCGCCAAACCGGAAGGGGAGAGCGAGUACCUGUCAAAACCGUGCAUAAAGCGAAACUUCUUCUUUAGGGUGAAGUUCCGCUUUAGGCAAAGCAGGGCUGUGGUUGGUUGCUGUUGGAGGCCACACAGUCUGAAUCUUUUUUUUGAAGUAACACCCAGUAUGGUUUUGAUUAGAUGGCUCCUUAAAGGAGAUUGAAACUUACAGGUAAAAAGCUUUUGUUGCCAAAGGUGACAAAAGCAUCAGGAGUGUUCCAGUAGUUUGUACUGGAUAGCACAAUUUUGGUUUGUAUGUAAGAUGGAUGUAGGAUAGUUGACAGGUAUACAAGUUUGAUUCAUGGUUUUGCAAGCUACAUGAAAAUAACAAAAGCCUCUGCAAAGUAAAUGUGUCGUUAUUAAUCAUG